AAGACCCGCCGGCGGCUGGACUGGUGUGGCGCUGGCGCCGCCUCCUGCCCCGGGGAGGAACUGCAGCCUGUCCGAAGCAGUUCGUUCAUCCUGUGCCUGGUUUCCAGUUUGUUUUUCAUUUCUCAAAUAUUUAUUGAGCGCCGGCUACCUUCUGGGCAAUGUACAGAUAAUUAACGAAGGAUAAGAAAUCAACGAUUUGGCCCUGCCUCUCAAGCUCAAAGGGAAAUAAGCUGUGUGUGUGUGCGCCUUGCUUUCCCAUCACCAUGUAAAGGAUAUACCUUACCGAAGGUUCCAGCAGAAAGAGUUUGAAAGCCACUAAGGAGUUAAGAUGUCUUCAUUGAUCAGGCUUCGUAGAGGACAGUAUGGAAGACCUUUGGUAGCUAAAAGCAGUAAACCAUAUAAACCUUUUCUGCCGACUUCUUAUUCUCCCCAAGAGGGCUACUUAAAGGAGGGUGAAGACAUGCUAAGUAUUGAAGAAUUAUGGAAGAAUGUGGCUGAUUGUUCAAAAGGGGAUGAAGACAACCACGAGCAAGACCAACACUCUCAGUUAGAUGAUGCUACCAGCAGCAGGGACACUCAGAAAGAGGGUCUUUUCCAGCACUUUUGUCAAGUGAUUCAGAAAGAGCGUGAUCGAGAGAGGUCUUCAGAUUGCAUUAUUGUUUCCAUGGACAAAGAGCAAAGGGAAUAUGCUACAGUCAUAGGUCACCGGUUGCAGGAUCACGGCCUUGUGGUGGAAAUGAUUCACCUCUCCUCCGAGUCAGGUCUCACUCAAGUGCUCCAGGAAGUUAAAGAUGAUGGCUCUCCGUUUUGUAUUCUUGUCGAACAGUCUAAUGUAAAACUUUCCUCUUGCACCGUCAUUAUGCUUCAUGAGUCUGUCAAAACACAUCGCCAUAUGCCCCUGGAGGAUGCCCUGGUGCUGGUGGCUAAAGAAUAUAGGAGACUUUUUGCCAACCGGGAACAGCAGGAGCGCACCGGGGUGGCCAUGCGGGCCGGAGAUCUGGUGGAUGACUUUCUGGCCCGGGAGUGCCUGCCCAGCUACUCUGUCCCUCUGGGCAUUCAACAUCUUCUCUUCCUGCUGAAUGAGAGGCGACAUCUGUAUCGGAAUGAGUUGGACCUGCUCAUCGACUACCUAAAGGCCAGGAAAGGACAGCUGAAAGGCUUUGAGACACCCAAUCCUGUGACUAGCAGUGAUCAUGCCUCACUGCAAGGCAGGAGUACCCCCAUUGUGGGCAAGCCGCCUCCACUUCUUCCAAACCCGAGAAGGCGAGCCUUCCUAGGGCCUGCUCCCUCGUUUCCUACCAAGUCUCCUUUGCUGGGUGCCCGGCCAGGGGGAGGCCUCCUUCCACCACCAGAACCAGUCAAUACCAAAGGCCUGUUUCCCCCACCCUUGCUUCUGGCAGCCCCCUCCAAAAGGCCUGCUCUUUUGGGGAGCCUGCCUCAUAAGCCUGCCAAGCGCCCACUGCUUGGGGAGAAACCAGGCCUAUUAGCACCACCACCAGCUCUUCUGCAGUUGAUGCUGCACAAGCGCACAUCUCAACCUGUCUCUUUGCUGAACUAAAGAAAGCUCUGCUGCACCAGGAGAAUAGGAGAAAAAGGAUCUCCCCAGAUGGCAGCUCCCCAGAUGUGGCUCCAUCCUCCAAGGACCGAGGCGCCUGCCUGGCUUGCAAGCCCAAUGUCCAGCCAGCGGCACCCCUUCUGUCCCAUACAUGGGCCUAUGGAAACUUUUGUCAUGUUUGGAGUUUUUUGGUACCAAAUUAGAGAUUUGGGGAAGGUCGCUAUAGAGACUGGGCCUUGAUGUUGUUCAAUUACAUGUAUUUUAAAAUACAAAAAAAACCUUUCUAGCUUUUAUUUACUUGUUGCCCUCCUUUAAAGUUUUGUUUUUUUUUUUUUUUUCAUUUUGGAAUGAUUUUAGAUUUACAGAAAAUUAGCAAAAAUAGUGCAGGAAGUCCCCUUCAAUAUUAGGGGAACCUAAUGUUAGCAUCUUAUGUGGCCAUGCUACACGUACCAGGAGUUAAAGCACCAUUAACUAUAAUAGACUUCACUCAUAUAUCACCAGUUUUUCCUCGAAUGUUCUUUCUGUUUCAGGACCUUACUCUGGUACCACACUGCAUUUAGUUUCUUUUAAUUUUAUGACAUUGCUGUUUUGUUCUUUUUUAUUAUGAAACAUUGUAAAUAUACAGAAAAUUUGAAUGAAUAGUGUAAUGAACAUCAUAUAGUCGCUAUCUGGAUUCAAUCGUUCUUAACAUUCUGCCAUUUUUAAACUUAUAUAUGUAGGUAAAUAAACUUUUUU